AUGUGGGCUCCGGAUGGUCGCGCAUCCCUGAUGAUUCCCGCUUCAAACUCUCCGCCCGACUCAGGCGCCGCGCAUCCGUCCGCGCCACCCACCAUGUGCACUGCAGAAGCCCAGCCCGCGACUGGGCCUGACGUCCCGGUCGACCCUGCGUACGAAAAUAACGACGACGCUGACUCGGCCCUGGGCGACACCACCUCGGUCGACGACCAGCUGUCGACCUUCUCCGCCUCGCUCACCUCGUCCGUCGUCAACUAUCCCUUCCAGAACGGCCGCCGCUACCACGCCUACAAGGAUGGCUCGUACAUCCUGCCCAACGACGAGCCCGAGCAGGACCGCCUCGACCUCGCCCACGCCAUGACGACCAAGCUGACCGCCAACCGCCUGCACCUCACCCCGCUGCCCGACCACUUUAGCGGCCGCGUGCUGGACAUUGGCUGCGGCACCGGCAUCUGGUCCAUCUGCAUGGGCGACCAGUUCCCCGACGCCGAGAUCCUGGGAAACGACUUGAGCCCCGUGCAACCAUCGUGGGUCCCGCCCAACGUCAAGUUCGAAAUCGACGACAUCGAGAAUGAAUGGUCGUACAGCCAGCGCUUCGACUUCAUCUUCUCGCGCUACCUCGCCGGCGCCAUCGGAGACUGGCAGCGCCUCGUGCGCCGCGCCUACGCCAACCUCGCUCCAGGCGGCUGGGUCGAGUUCCAGGACUAUGACUCGGUCUACUACUCAGACGACGGCACCCUGACCGACGAGCACGACAUGAAGAAGUGGCUAGACACGCUGCGGCUGGCCUGCCUGGACGCGAAGAGGGCCUGCGACCCGGGCCCGAGGCUGGAGGGCUAUGUGAAGGAGGCGGGGUUCGUGAACGUGCAUCAUGAGGUGUUCAAGGUACCGGUUGGCGGAUGGCCCAAGGACAAGAGUCUGAAGCAGUGCGGCCUGAUGAACUUGAUCCAGUCGCUCGAAGGCCUCGAGGCCUUCUCGUACCGCAUCUUCACCGACAUGCUAAAGUGGGAAGUCGACGAGGUGAACAUCUUCCUGGCCAAGGUGCGGAACGAUCUGAAGAACAAGAACAUACACGCCUACUACAACUACCACGUCGUCUAUGCGCAGCGGCCUGAGGGGUCGUAG